AUGCCAGAUAAUUAUGGUAAUCCUGUACUUGUAGACUUACAGGAACCAGUCGAUGAAGCACUAUUAUCGCAAGCUAGAAAUGGCGCCGAAAACCAAUACUGGCUUUUUACCAGACAAAACCCUACCAAUCGCCAAGUACUAGUAAAUGGGAAUGCAAACUCAGUAACAGGCUCCAACUACCGUGCUGCCCGAGCUACGAAAGUAAUUGUCCACGGGUGGAAUAACAAUGGCAACACUGAAAUGAACCCUCUUAUCACAGCUGCAUUCCUUGCGGUCCAAGAUGUUAAUGUCAUUGUGGUAGACUGGAACCGUCUUGCAAAUGGAGCCUAUACCACCGCAGUGCGUGGGGUCCCGGAUGUUGGUGUACAUCUAGGUUUAUUCAUUCAAUGGCUUUUUAAUAACUUCGGUGGAAAUUACAAUAGCCUUCACUUGGUCGGCUUUAGUUUAGGAGCUCAUGUUGUGGGCAAUGCCGGUCGUACUAUUGGAGGACGUGCGGGACGUGUAACAGGAUUGGAUCCUGCUGGUCCUCAAUGGGGAGGAAACUCUCUUGCUUUAAAUCGUAAUUCUGGAAUCUACGUCGAAUCCAUCCAUACAGACGGACGUCUACUUGGUAUAAUGGAUGCAAUUUCAGACGCUGACUUCUAUCCUAAUGGUGGCAGAAAUCCGCAACCAGGUUGUCUCAUCAGCACUUGCUCACAUGGCCGUGCUCCUCAAUUGUUCGCGUCAAGUGUGAGAACAAAUCAUUUCAUCGGAAGACGGUGUAAUAAUAUUCAUGAAGCAGAGUUAAGCACGUGUAACGGUGCCCAACAUCGCAUGGGUAACGGCGUAGUGGGUAAAACAGGAGUGGGACUUUACGGAUUACGGACUGGUAGCGUUUGGCCUUUC